GGUGUCUGUUCUCGGCUGCUGUUUCUGGGUUCUGGCGCUCCUUCGCCCGUCCGGACUGGAGGUUCCGGGUCCCGCGGGUUCUGCGCGCGGAGCAGCAUGUAGCGCGCGUGGAGCUGCGGGAAAGCGCCGCGUAGCCGCAGAGGAUCUUGGGGGAUUCGGGGCGGGUGGGAGGUGGAUCUGCCGCUGUUUGGAGUGUUUGUGGGUUCCGGUCCGCCGCUCCGCAUCUGUCGGUCGAUGGUCUUUGAGGACGGUUCCGUCUCGAGUCCCGGAUCCAAAGAGAGAACCAUGGCGAGCGACUCCCCGGCGCGGAGUCUGGAUGAGAUCGACCUGUCCGCGCUACGGGACCCGGCGGGUAUCUUUGAGCUGGUGGAACUGGUCGGUAAUGGCACCUACGGGCAGGUCUAUAAGGGUCGUCAUGUCAAAACAGGCCAGCUCGCUGCCAUCAAGGUCAUGGACGUCACCGGAGAUGAGGAGGAGGAGAUUAAAGCUGAGAUCAACAUGCUGAAGAAGUACAGCCAUCACAGGAACAUUGCGACCUACUACGGCGCCUUCAUCAAGAAAAACCCUCCAGGAAUGGACGACCAGCUCUGGCUGGUGAUGGAGUUCUGUGGAGCUGGAUCAGUGACGGAUCUGAUAAAAAACACCAAAGGGAAUUCCCUGAAGGAGGAGUGGAUUGCCUACAUCUGCAGAGAGAUCCUCAGGGGUCUGACACAUCUCCACCAGCACAAAGUCAUCCACAGGGACAUUAAGGGCCAGAAUGUGCUGCUGACGGAAAAUGCGGAGGUUAAAUUAGUGGACUUUGGUGUGAGUGCUCAGUUGGACCGGACGGUGGGUCGGAGGAACACGUUUAUCGGGACACCGUACUGGAUGGCCCCUGAGGUCAUCGCUUGCGAUGAGAACCCCGACGCCACGUAUGACUUCAAGAGCGAUCUGUGGUCGUUGGGCAUCACGGCGGUAGAGAUGGCGGAGGGCGCUCCACCCCUGUGUGACAUGCAUCCAAUGAGAGCACUCUUCCUUAUCCCCAGAAACCCCGCCCCCAGACUCAAGUCUAAGAAGUGGUCGAAGAAGUUCCAGUCGUUCAUAGAAAGUUGUCUGGUGAAGAGUCACAGCCAGAGACCGAGUACGGAGCAGCUGCUCAAACACCCGUUCAUCAGAGACCUGCCCAACGAGCGGCAGGUCCGCAUCCAGCUCAAGGACCACAUCGACCGCACCAAGAAGAGGCGGGGCGAGAGGGAUGAGACAGAGUACGAGUACAGUGGAAGUGAGGAAGAGGAUGAAGAGAGGGAUGUGGGAGAGCCCAGCUCCAUCAUCAACAUUCCGGGGGAAUCCACUCUAAGGCGGGACUUCCUGCGUCUGCAGCUGGCCAAUAAGGAGAGGUCAGAGGCCAUCCGCCGCCAGCAGCUGGAGCAGCAGCAGAAUGAGGAACACAAGCGCCAACUACUGGCCGAGAGGCAAAAACGCAUCGAGGAGCAGAAGGAGCAGCGGCGACGGCUGGAGGAGCAACAGCGUCGAGAGCGCGAGCUGAGGAAGCAGCAGGAGCGCGAGCAGAGGAGGCGAUACGAAGAGAUGGAACAGCUCCGCAGGGAGGAGGAGCGGAGGCACGCGGAACGAGAGCAGGAGUAUAUCCGCAGACAGCUGGAGGAGGAGCAGAGGCAGCUGGAGAUCCUGCAGCAGCAGCUCCUGCAGGAGCAGGCGCUACUGCUGGAGUACAAGCGGAAGCAGAUCGAGGAGCAGCGUCAGGCCGAGCGGCUGCAGAGGCAGCUGCAGCAGGAGCGCGCGUACCUGGUGUCGCUGCAGCAGCAGCAACAGCAGGAGGCGCCGCAACGGCCGCCGCAGGACAAGAAACAGCUGUACCACUACAAGGACCAGGCGCCCGGCAGCAACGACAAACCCGCCUGGGCCAAAGAGGUGAUGCGUCGAGCUCAGAGCAACUCGCCGCGGCUCCCUGUCAAGAAAUACUGCUCCUUCAGGGUGCCGCGAGGCGCUAACCUCGACGAGCUGCUCCAGCUUCCUGGGUACAAACCUCGGCCCCGCCCACCUUCCUACCCCGCCCAUGUCAGUCCCUCCAGGAAUUACCUCGACCCUUCCCAUGUGCCGCGCCUCCGUGUGACUUGUGUCCCUGACCCCGCCCCUGAUUCUCUCGCACCAGUUAUGAGGAGGCAGAGCCCAGACAGGAGCCCAGAUUCCAGAGGGCGGAGCCCAGGUCACCGGGUGGACGAGCGUUUUAAGAUGAACAGAAAGAGUUCUCCUACUUUUCAGCAUAAAGUCUCCAACCGGAUCUCUGACCCGGCACUACCGCCACGCUCCGAGUCCUUCAGCAGCGGUGGGAUUCAGCAGGCCCGGACGCCGCCCAUGCACCGCUCCGUGGAACCCCAGAUGGCCCACCUGGUGCAGGUGAGGAGUCACGGCCUGUCAGGCUCCCAGUCUCUGUACGACCCUCACGGCGUGUCGGCCUCGCCCUCCCCCUCCCGGCCUCCCAUGCCCCGGCAGAACUCCGACCCGACCUCCGACACCCCUCCUCCCCCGCCCCUCUCCCGCCUGGCGCCCCCUCUCGACAAACUGGACCGCAGCUCUUGGCUGCGGCAGGAUGAGGACAUGCCGCCCAAGGUUCCUCAGAGGACGACCUCCAUCUCACCAGCUUUGGUCAGAAAGAACUCUCCUGGAAACGGACCUGGACUCGGGCCGUGUGCCGGAGCGCACCUCAUUCGAGCCAGCAACCCCGACCUGCGGCGGACAGAGGUUUCCAUGGAGACACCCCUGAAGAGGACCAGCAGCGGCAGCUCCUCCAGCUCCAGCACCCCGAGUUCGCAGGGAGGGUCCAACGAACGAGGAAACUCGGCGAAGACUGAAGGUUCGACAACGGUGACAUCACACGAGACCAAAGAUGACAACAGAGAGACGAUACGAGCUGGCAGACCCGCCGAUCUGACGGCUCUGGCCAAGGAGCUGAGGGAGCUGCGGCAGGGGGAGGAAACCAACCGGCCGCCCGUCAAAGUGACAGACUACUCGUCAUCCAGCGAGGACUCGCACAGCAGUGAGGAUGAAGAGGGAGAAGGCGGAGCUAAUGACGGCACAGUGGCAGUCAGCGACAUCCCUCGCAUCAUGCCGGCGGCGAGUCAAAGUGCCAACGAGUCCUUCGGUAUGAUGGGAGAACACAACGACGCCCACGGCGACUCCUAUGCAAACAGCUCACAGGACGGCACCCUGGUGAUGCGUGAGUACGGGAUGGGAGGUGGCGGGGGCUCCAAGGCUUCCUUCACGCCGUUUGUUGAUCCCAGAGUUUAUGGAACCUCACCAACUGAAGAUGAUGAGAAAAACUCUGCUGCGGCGCUGUUGGCUGACGAGCUGCUGAAGCAGGAGCAGGAACAGGCGCGGCUCAACGAAGCCAGGAAGAUCUCCGUGGUCAACGUCAACCCAACCAACAUCAGACCUCACAGCGACACGCCCGAGAUCCGCAAGUACAAGAAACGCUUCAACUCAGAGAUCCUGUGUGCCGCGCUGUGGGGCGUGAACCUGCUGGUGGGGACGGAGAACGGGCUGAUGCUGCUGGAUCGAAGCGGACAAGGAAAGGUUUAUAACCUGAUCAACCGAAGGCGCUUCCAACAGAUGGAUGUCCUGGAGGGACUCAACGUCCUCGUCACCAUCUCAGGAAAGAAAAACAAGCUGCGUGUUUAUUACCUGUCAUGGCUGCGAAACAGGAUCUUACAUAAUGACCCUGAAGUGGAGAAGAAGCAGGGCUGGAUCACCGUCGGCGAGCUGGAGGGCUGCGUGCACUACAAAGUCGUGAAGUACGAGAGGAUUAAAUUCUUGGUGAUCGCUUUGAAGAACUCUGUGGAGAUUUACGCUUGGGCUCCGAAACCGUACCACAAGUUCAUGGCUUUCAAGUCAUUUACUGAGCUUCAGCACCGCCCCCUGCUGGUCGACCUGACUGUGGAAGAGGGGCAGAGGUUAAAGGUCAUCUACGGUUCCAGUGUGGGCUUCCACGUCAUUGAUGUUGAUUCUGGAAACCCGUACGACAUCUACAUCCCCUCUCACAUUCAGGGUCAGGUGACGCCACACGCCAUCGUGGUUCUGCCCAAGACGGACGGCAUGGAGAUGCUUCUGUGCUACGAGGACGAGGGCGUCUACGUCAACACCUACGGGCGCAUCACCAAAGACGUAGUGCUGCAGUGGGGCGAGAUGCCCACGUCAGUCGCUUAUAUCCACUCCAACCAAAUCAUGGGCUGGGGAGAGAAGGCCAUCGAGAUCCGCUCUGUGGAGACCGGACACCUCGAUGGAGUCUUCAUGCACAAACGAGCUCAGCGACUUAAGUUUCUGUCGGAAAGGAAUGACAAGGUUUUCUUUGCCUCUGUGCGUUCCGGAGGCAGCAGCCAAGUCUUCUUCAUGACCCUCAACAGGAGCUCCAUGAUGAACUGGUAACCUCUUCACCUUCGACCCACCCCCGCUCCUCUUCAUCGAUCAUCGCCAGGAGAGGGGGGUGAAGGGUCAACAGCGAGGAGAGCGUGGUCUAUUACCGAGCAACUGUACGAGGAAACUGUUAACCAUAUGAUGAGUGUGUAACCCACAGGGGGCGCUGUGGUUCUCUUCAGACCAGCGAAGACAGCAUCAUUGACUGACAGACUUUUGCUGUCCCUGUGGAGUUUGCGACUGAGGGAGCUUCUAAGCAGUCUUGAUCCCAGCCUGAGAGGAUGGCGACGUCACGCCGAGUAACCUCCGUGUCCGACUCCCUGGCAAGCUGUGGAGACGUUCUGCGUGUAGCACACCCGUCCACCAUGAUUUUCUUACAGCAUGUUCACACUGUAAGCAACAGAUUACUGACCUGUUCUGGUCAGAUUUUGGUUCUAGCGACAUCUAGUGGAGGUAAAGCUU